AAUCAAACAUAUGGAAGAUAUGGCAAGACCACAAAGUCAGUUACAAGCAGCGCAAAAAAAGAAGAAAAGCUUCUGGGGACGGGUGUGUUCAUUUUUGGGAUUUUAAAUAAGGCUCGCGCAAGCAUGGCACGAGGAGGGCCCGAAUACAAGAUAAUUGUAUGA